CUAACGUAUACCGAACGUGGUUCACGCUCUAUAUGUAAGAGUUUACAUACUGUUAUCACCUCUCUUCGAUGCUAUGGCUGGGAUUUUAUAUACAGGUCUUUGAAACAAGCGUCAACGCCGCAUCUCAGGCUUGCGACUGUUUCGCGCUGAAGUGCUUCUUUCCACACGUCGUGAAAUCUCUCGUCUAAGGAGAUAUCUGGAUGUCAGGCCUCGCAAGGAUUUGUCUUGACCCUACGCACUUGUGGUACAGUAGUCUCAUGCGGCCAGAAUGAGUCGUCGCAUGUGGCCAGCUCAGCCUGCUUACCGAUGUAUGAUGCAUCUCACAGCUCGCGGAGCUUUUUCCCACCAGGUUCUAGGCCGUCCGUCUUAUUACCCCAUCGCACCUUGUGUGCCUGGGAUCGCUCCCUGUAUCUUCUGCAAGUCAUGCCGACACAUUGGACGGGGUUUUUUCACAUGAAUCACAUCCAUUGCCGUCAUCACGUGGUAUGCAGUGGUAUUAUAAUUCCUGUUACACAUUUUUAAUCUCAAGAUCUCAAGCUUCAAGCUCAAGCCUCGCCGAGACAUAAGCAGGCCACUGCCCUGAGUACUAGUUGCGAUGAACGACUUUCUAGACGGAGCUCAGAGCUGAGACAGCCGCCCUCGUCGACCAGCCGUUGCGGCCAAAGUUGGCUCAUUCGCCAUCAUCGCCGGCCAAUCAUGACUCCCAUAUCACGGCACACGACCCCUCAAACACCUCGGAUCCCUUGGCCUGCGGCAGUUAUUGCCUCUUGAAUCUGGUGAACUCCGUUCCGAGAAGACGUCCGCAUAGUGGCGCCUACAUGAGCUCACAGUCUCGGACCCGCCGCGGCAUGGGUCGGGCGGUCAUUGAGACAGGUUUCUGCCACAAUUUUAUAUUCUCUCAUCCUAGUUGCUUUCGAAUACUGGACAGCUAAGGCCAGAUUGUGUAUGGACGCGCUACAAUCACACUGGAAGACUUGGAAACCGCGAGCAUAAGACAGAUGUUUCCGGAGUCAAAAGAGAUCCAAUAGACGAACCCUGCCUCUGUUUUGGGUGCAUACGAGACAGGCAUGCCAGAGGUCCAAAAUUUACUCGUCAAAUUUUGGCCCGACACCUUGAAAUUUCUAGUGCCACAUUGAGAACGGAAACAUCGUUUCCGAGGGUACUCAUGCCUGGAAGCCGACUCCGCACCGUGAUGUUUGGUAGUUUCACGGAGGAGGGUCGCGAGCCGAGUGCGAAGUGCGCGCUAUACGACUGUCGCCGCGAAAAUAUAAGAAGACCUAGCCGACAACUUUGAAUCCCCAACGAGUACAGCUCGCUCCCCACUCCCACCUCUACCUCAUCCGCCACCCUACUACAGGCCUCCUUCCUCCCUUCACUCCAGCGCACUACACUCUCUUCGAUCCCCACAAUGACUCGCUUUGCCACUGUUCUUUUUUCCCUCGCUGUUAUCGGCGCGGCCUCUGCUGCUCCUGCAGAGAAGCGGUCCACCACCCGGGAGGGAAGGGGCACCUGGUAUGACACUGGUCUCGGUGCCUGCGGUUGGAACAAUGUCAACAGCGAUACCGUCAUCGCCCUGUCGCCCUCUGUCUACUCCGGCGGCUCUCACUGCGGCCAGACUGUCACCGUUACCAACGUCGUCACUGGUGCGAAGGCUACGGGCACGGUCGCAGACGAGUGCCCGGGUUGCGGCCCUAAUGACAUUGAUAUGACACCGGGCCUGUUUCAGCAACUCGGUUCUCUAGAUGAGGGCGUGCUUACGGUCUCCUGGACCUUAUAAGCGCGCUUUUCGGCGCCCGACACUCCUUUCCCCAGUACAUCCCGGUCUGCAUCGCGCUUCCUAGACUUGCGUUCCCCUCAGGUGGGAGGACGCCUCCAACUUCGUAACGGUGGAAGUUAGCCAUCGUCGCGGCUUGGACGGACUUAUUUAUGGCGCUUCGCCGCGACCCCUCAGUGGGCUGGUAUGCCUUCGAAAAUGAAAUACCGUGUAGAAGACUGAAUGUAUGGAUGUAGCAUUAGCGUUGUUUCGUUGCAGCGGCUGCCUUCUCACUCACCCGGCGAUGGCUUGGGACAGGCAAGCGUAUCGUACUGUGCUGCGCUGUAUCUAUAGAAUUGUGGCGUGGCUCCAAGCGAGCCCC